AGUCAAAAUUAAUCAUAUGCAUGUGGUUCCAAUUGAUCCUCUUACAUAAUCCAUUAUCUUUAUCAUCCAACAGUCAUCAGUCAAAGUCAACCCCCUUCUCUUCCAAGCAUCAACAUAUCUCAUUGGCCAUUAUGAUCCAUUCUUGAUCUCCAAAAACAACUAACUAAACAAUGAAAAAACCAGAACUUCUUCUCCUUAUCCCUCUCAUUAUUUCAAUAUUUCUAACCUUCACACACAUCUCCAUCACAUUCAUAUACAUUUUUCCACAAUCACCACCUCAUCCAAACUUUAUUUCAUCAUUCUUCAAUGACAAUACACUCAUCACUGAAGAUUCUUUCGCGGAAUCAAUCUCCGAAGAAUCCGAAGAUUCAGAAGAUCAGAACAACUAUUUAAGAAAUGAGUUUCAGGCUGCAUAUCAGGAUGAUGUUGUAGUGUUGACACAGAACAAUUUUAGUGAUUUUGUUGCUGAAAAUAAGUAUGUGAUGGUUGAUUUUUAUGCAUCUUGGUGUUAUUUCAGUCAACAAUUAGCACCACAAUAUGGUUUAGCUGCUACAAUGUUGAAGGGUAAUAAUAGUGAGGCUGUUCUUGCAAAAGUUGACUGUGUUGAAGAACCAGAGUUGGCUAGAAAGUUUAAUAUUCAAGGCUAUCCAACUAUGUAUUUCUUGGUUGAUGGUGGAGCUCAACAGAUUGUUUAUGAUUCCAUGGAUGAAAGAACCAGAGAUGCUCUUGUGCAUUGGGUGAACAAAAAAGUUAAUGUUGCUGUUAAAAAUUUGACAGCAAUGGAGGAGGCAGAAGUUUCAAUAAAAUUAAAUUCUGUGAUGGUUUUAGGAUUUCUAGAUUCUUUAGAGGGUCCAGAGUCUAAGGAGCUUGAUGCUGUCUCCAAAAUGCAUUUGGAUGUUGACUUUUAUCAAACAACCAAUAUUAAUGUUGCAAACUUGUUUCACAUAGAGGAACAAAUCAAGCGUCCAGCUCUUGUAUUAGUGAAGCCAAAACCUCCAAAUAAUACCCAUUUCAUUUAUGAAGGUGAGUUCACCAAAGUUGCAGUAGCCGAUUUCGUAUCCUUGUAUAAGAUUCCAUCAGUAAUCACUUUUAAAUCCGAGGCUGCUUCGAGUAUUUUUGAAAAUCCUAUGAAACAGUUGUGGCUGUUCACUUCUGAUGGAUCCUGUGAUGCUUUAUCCAUAUUCAAAGAGGCAGCAGACAUUUUCAAAGGAAAGCUUCUGUUUGUACAUGUGGAAACUAGUACGGAAGUUUAUGUCGGACGGAAUCUUGCGUAUGAAUUUGGCGUCACCGGUGAUACCCCACGAAUCGUAGCUCGUUACAGUACAAUUGAUGGUACUGAGAAGCAUAUGUAUCGCGGUGAACUGAGCUCAAGUGGCAUCAAGUCAUUUGCUGAAGAGUUACUUGAAGUUGAAGGCAAGUUUGUGACAGAACCAGUCCUAAGACUACCAUCUGAUCAUUUUCAUUCCUUUGUUCCAACUUCCCUUCCGCAAAUUUAUUAGUUCAAAAUGACAAAUCAAUAUGCGAAGAGGUUUUUUUUUAACAUGGAAUAAUGUAUUUUCCUACUAAUAUCUUGGCAAAAACUUUUUAAAUUUGAUUCCUCAA